AUGGCGGGGGUUGAGAGCGCAGUCUCGACGAACUUGCGCUUCUGUCGCAUCUGUCAUGAGGAGCAGGUCCUCCCCGGAGGCGACGCUGCACCCCUUGCGAGCAAAGCAGAGGAAACGAAGCAGCAGCUUCUCAGGACGUGGAGCUUUAUUCUCGUUCGAGGUUUCGUCCAGUUUACCAGGCGUGUUCACUGUGGUGCUUUGCGUUUGCUUCUGAAGCUCGUUCGCCAACUGCGUCGGUUGCGUCGCAAGCUGGGGUUCGGUGCUACCUGCGGCGAGGUCGAGACCAAGGACGAGUUACGGCCCUACGAGAAGGAGGCGCUCGACGACGUACGCGGCACCGUUGAGAACAGUCCUCAAGUCGAUAUGGAGUCUUUGAGUGAUCCCAAGACGCUCAUAGCUCCGUGUCGGUGCACAGGAACCCUCAAGUACGUCCACCAGGGGUGCCUGCGAAAGUGGUUGCGUCGUCAGCCAGACCCGAACUGCUGGCGUUGUGAAAUCUGUGGCCUUCGGUACGCAUCGCAGGUACAGUUCCGUCCGGCAUAUGAGUUCCUGUUUCAGUGGCCGCUGCGCCGAGAUAAGAGCGCCGGAAGCGACCUCGAUGAUGCCGCCGAGGACGACUGGUUCGUGGCAUCAUCCGACUGGGAUGCUCCCUCUCUGCAGGCAUCUGCAAACAAUGCAGACUGGGAGUACCUGGCAGCAAACCAGGAAAAUCAGACGCCCUCAUUUAUGGUGUGGAUUCUGCGGGGCUGGCAGGCGCUGACCCAAGCACAGCGCCAAGAUCCAGCAAUUGCCAGUCGAUGGCUUCAUUGGCUCCACAUUAUCUACAUUGGACUGUUCUCGCGGCACAUUUUUCGUCAGGGUCAGGAACUGGCGCAUUUGGUGAAGCAAACUGCCGCCUUGGAACCCUUAUCGCGAGCGUUGUAUCGCGGGAGUCAUGCGGUUCGCUCUGUGGUCGAAGCGAACGCGUUGGUAGCGCUGCGUACGGCGCUCAUCGCACAUUAUCUCAUUUUUCUCGCCGUUGAUGUGCGUUUUCUGUACCGCCAGUUCAAACUGUGGCGAUCAGCGACAGCUCGCAUUCUCAUCUUGAACUACACAGAGUCUGAGGCUCCAUCUCGGGGAUGA